CCCGGAGCGCAGAUUCCCGAGACUUGUCCUGGCCGGAGCGGUGACUAACUCCGAGCCCUCUUCUAGAACCCCCCUUUCCCAUAAGCUCAAUCAGAAUGGCUGCGAACGGCAACGGUGUGGCCAAUGGCGUGAGCGGGUGGAAGCACUACAAUGAGGGCACUUUCCUCUUCACUUCCGAGUCUGUCGGUGAGGGCCACCCCGACAAGAUCGCUGAUCAGGUUUCGGAUGCUAUCCUCGAUGCCUGCCUGGCAGAGGACCCCCUCUCCAAGGUGGCUUGCGAGACGGCCACCAAGACCGGCAUGAUCAUGGUUUUUGGUGAAAUCACCACCAAGGCCAAGCUCGAUUACCAGAAAGUUGUGCGCAACGCCGUCAAGGACAUUGGCUACGAUGAUUCGUCCAAGGGUUUCGACUACAAGACUCUCAACCUGCUUGUCGCCAUCGAGGAACAGUCCCCCGACAUCGCGCAGGGUCUGCACCUCGACGACCGCCUCGAGAACCUCGGUGCGGGUGACCAGGGCAUCAUGUUCGGUUACGCCACCGAUGAGACGCCCGAGUUGUUCCCCCUGACACUGCUCUUCGCUCACAAGCUCAACGCUGCCAUGGCGGCCGCUCGCCGCGAUGGCACCCUGCCAUGGCUCCGCCCAGACACCAAGACCCAGGUCACCAUCGAGUACAAGCAUGACAAUGGCGCUGUCGUGCCUCUCCGUGUCGACACCAUCGUCGUAUCUGCUCAGCACGCCCCGGAAAUCACCACCGAGAAGUUGCGCAAGGAGAUCCUGGAGAAGAUCAUCAAGACCACCAUUCCUGCCAAGUACCUAGAUGACCGGACCAUUUACCAUAUUCAACCCUCCGGUCUCUUCAUCAUUGGGGGUCCUCAGGGCGAUGCUGGUCUCACAGGCCGCAAGAUCAUCGUCGACACCUACGGCGGCUGGGGUGCCCAUGGUGGCGGUGCUUUCUCCGGCAAGGACUUCUCCAAGGUUGACCGCUCGGCUGCCUAUGUUGGACGCUGGAUUGCGAAGUCACUUGUCGCCGCUGGCCUUGCUCGCCGCGCCUUGGUUCAGCUCUCGUACGCCAUCGGUGUCGCCGAACCCCUCUCGAUCUACGUGGACACCUACGGCACCUCGGAGAAGACCUCGGAUGAGCUCGUCAAGAUCAUUCGGGACAACUUCGACCUCCGCCCUGGUGUCAUUGUCAAGGAGCUGGAUCUGGCCAAGCCUAUCUACCUCCAGACGGCCAAGAACGGCCAUUUCGGCACCAACCAGAACUUCAGCUGGGAAAAGCCCAAGCCGCUCAAGUUCUAAGUGAGAUUCAAUGUCGCAGACGAUUCAACUUCCUCUGCGGAUGUUACCUCACUCCUCAUCGGAAGAUCUUUUUCUAUCUUCCU